UGCGCCCGGUAUAGAUGACGCACACUAGUCAAGCGGUACGGGCUGAUCGACAGAAAGAGAGGGAAAGUUUAGUGUAGAAAGGUCAGUCAUUUAGACCCUAGAACAGGAUGCAAUCAGCACGUUUUCAGUGGGUCUAAUAAUAGAGUUGGGAAGGCAGGGAAGAGAAGAGAAGGAAUUUACGCACGCUUCUCUCUGGAUAACUGGAGUGUCCAUUUGCGCGGAGUGAUGGAGCUUUUGGGUUCGUGGGGUUUUGCGGUUUGGAUUCCAUUUCUGACGGGUUUGACUACGGCCAGUUACUCAGAAGACCAGUGCAGCUGGAGAGGAAGUGGUCUUUCUCAGGCGGUGAAAAAUGUGGAGCAGGUUUGGUUGAGGUGUGCAGAGGGCUCAGUUGAGUGGCUGUACCCCGCUGGAGCAUUACGUUUUACUCUUUCGCCCCGUCUGCCAUGGAGCGCCAUGGGGCCGGGCGAGUCCAACAGAAGUCCGGUGUCGGCCUGCGUUAAGCAAGAUCCACACUGGGGUGGGGCUCAACUCUACCUGGAGCGAGACGGGGUCCUGGAGCUUCUGGUGGGAGAUGAGGGCGAGACACCCGGCCCCGCCCAUGUGCGCUGCUUCAGUGCCAUGACUGGAGAAAGACUGGCCCUCUUCCUCCAGGCAACACCCCACCAGGACAUUAGCAAACGCAUUGCAGCAUUUCGCUACGAGCUGAGAGGUGAUUGGACAGCGCAGCCGUCAGUAAACACGGAUCCAAUCAGCAGCAAAGGAGCUUGCAGACCGUGCAAUAACACUGAGAUUUUGAUGGCUGUGUGCACCAGUGACUUUGUGGUUCGUGGAAAUAUUCGUUCAGUGGAAAAGGACUUGGAUCGUGGGGCAGCAGUGAUCAAAGUGAGCGCCACACGCGUCUACCGACAAAAGUUUGCACUGUUCCCUGAUAGCGGCCGCCUGACGCGGUCAGGAGAGAUUCGUACACCAUUACAGUGCGGCGUUCGUCCCGGCGCUGGUAGCUUCCUGUUUACUGGUCGUGUGCACUUCGGAGAGGCGUGGCUUGGCUGUGCUCCACGUUAUAAAGACUUCCUGAAGGCAUACGAGCAGGCCAAACAGUCCCUUACGAUCCCUUGCACUCUGGUGAACGACUGAUGGAAUGUAUGAGAAGAAACCAGGUGGACACUUGACUGUCACAGAAUUGUUCAUCUCAGAAGAUUUGCUGUGAAAUAAGGAUCCGUCACUCUUUGUGAGAAGCUCCAAAUAUUUCUCUAGUGAUUCUCUGGAAAGGACAAGGUUGAGCGGCGAUAAAUGGACACUGUGACAUAGAAAGUCACUAGGAAAGAAGUCUCAGUGAAGUUCAUUGGAUCAAGAAGGAUAUCUGAAUAAGGACUUUUGUGGUUUAAUAUGUGUUGAUAUAUCUAAUCGCACGUGUUUAACCCAGAGUGCCCUGAUUUCUCACAACAUUUGGAUCCUCAAAGCAGGAGCCCUUAUUUAAACUCAGGAAAUUGUGUCUUUGGACACUUGUGAUAUGAACGUCAUAUCAUCCAAAUAUCCAAAGUCCACAUGAUGUUGGGGGCACACUCCAAACCCCCCUGUGGGAUGAGUGAGUAAACAAGCUGGACGCAAUACAUGUAGCGCAGUCGUUUUUUGCAGUAUUUAAUGCCAUUUGAUAAACCUUUUGAUUUGACAUUCUGUACAUGAACAGAGAACAUUUUUAAAACACUUGGUUGAGAUUUUGUAUUGAGAAUAUAUAUAUAUAUAUAUAUAUAUAUACUAGUGGCCAAAAGUAUGGAAUAAUGUACAGAUUGUUCUCUUAUGGAAAGAAAUUGGUACUUUUAUUCACCAAAGUGGCAUUCAGCUGAUCACAAUGUAUCAGUCAGGACAUUACUGAUGUGAAAAAUUACUAUUACAAUUUGUUCAGAACUUCUUGAACUACUUCAGAGAGUUCUCAUCUGAAAAAUCCUCCACGUGCAGCAAUGACAGCUUUGUAGAUCUUUAGCAUUCUAGCUGUCAGUUUGUUCAGAUACUCCGGUGACCUUUCACCCCACACUUCCUGUAGCACUUGCCAUAGAUGUGACUGUCUUGUCGGGCUCUUCUCUCGCACCUUACAGUCUAGCUGAUCCCACAAAAGCUCAAUGAGGUUAAGAUCCAUAACACUCUUUUCCAAUUAUCCAUUGUCCAAUGUCUGUUUCUUUGCCCACUCAAACCUUUUCUUUUUGUUUUCUGUUUCAAAAGUGGCUUUUUCUUUGCAAUUCUUCCCAUAAGACCUCCUGAGUCUUCUCUUUACUGUUGUACAUGAAACUGGUGUUGAGCGGGUAGAAUUCAAUAAAGCUGUCAGCGGAGGACAUGUGAGGCGUCUAUUUCUCAAACUAGAGACUCUGAUGUACUUAUCCUCUUGUUUAGUUGUACAUCUGGUCUUCCACAUCUCUUUCUGUCCUUGUUAGAGACAGUUGUGCUUUGUUUUUGAAGACUGUAGUUACACCUUUGUAUGAAAUCUGCAGUUUUAUGGCAAUUUCAAGCAUCGUUCCUCAAUACAAUGACUGACUGAUGAGUUUCUAGAGAAAACUGUUUCUUUUUUGCCAUUUUUGAAAUAAUAUUGACCUCAACACAUGCCAGUCUAUUGCAUACUGUGGUAACUCAAAAACAAACACAAAGACGACAUUAAGCUUCAUUUAUGAACCAAACAACUUUCAACUGUGUUUGAUAUAAUGACAAGUGAUUUUCUAGAAUCAAAUGAUCAAUUUAGCAUGAUUACUCAAGGAUAAGGUGUUGGAGUGAUGCUGCUGUCUAGAUUUGAUCAAAAAUGACUUUUUUUUUUUUUCAAAUAGUGAUGUGCCGUUUUAUACAUCAGUAAUGUCCUGACUACACUUUGUGAUCAGUUGAAUGCCACUUUGGUGAAUUAAAGUACCAAUUUCCUUCCAACACAGUAAAAUCUAUGCAUUGUUCCAAACUUUUGGCCGCCAGUGUAUGUCUGUAUACAUUAUAUUAAAAAGUUUAUAAAAUCGCAUCUAUUGUCUAAAUUUGCACUGGUAAAAAGAAGAGAAUGAGGGCGAUGCAGCAGGCACUGAGAACCAAAAUGCACUAUAUGUAGCAUAGCACAGGAAGAUGUUUUAUAGAUAUAUAAAAUAUGAUAUCAACUACGGUUUAUAUGCUAACAAGCUGAGAAUAGCUACCAGCUAAUAUGAAAGUAAAAGUAAUGGAAACAAUACAAUAGAUACAAUAAUGAUAAUAUAUGAAUUACUCCAUGGUUACAGAUAGCAUGCCCUAAUUACCUCAUUGCUAACAUUGCAUUUUCUACUGUACCAAUAGUUUGCUUUUUUGUUGGAAGUAUUUGACUAAUGCUUUCAAGCUGAUAGCAUUUACUGUAUGCUAUACUUAAGUUUACCCUUGUGCUAGACUAAAAAAGUAAUAUUGCCACAUUACCUUGAUUUAGCUUAAGGCUAGGGUUAAGGUGUUUUUCCGUGUGCCGUUCCGUCUUGCGCACUAUCAAGCGCUCGGCCUUUCAAAGUAUAUUUGUUUGAACGCAAACUCAUACAGAAGCGUUUGAUGCAUGUGCACUACUAGUACUUAGUGACAUGACACAUGCAGACGAGGACUGCCUGCGUGUCUAGAAAUACUAGGUUGCAUGUGGACAGUCCGCAUCUUCUGUGCUGAUGAUGAAAGUUGUUACACGUACUGUGCGUGAAACGUAGCGGCACACUGAUUACCAAAGUAAACGUUGGCCUUUAUUCACCGAGGAGGAAGCAGUUCAGAGUACUUUUACUCUGACAAACAUAUCUUGUAUUGAACCCAGAAUAUUCCUUCAACUGAAGUUAAGCACAAUCAACAGCAUUUGUGGCAUAAUGUUGAUUACUACCAAAAUGUAUUUGACUCGUCCCUCCUUUUCUUUGAAUAUGGAGGUUACAGUGGAAGUGAGAGGAGACAUUUUUGGAGGGUUUAACGGCAGAAAUGUGAGGCUUAGGCUAUCAUUUUAUAAAAGCACUUUCUUCUGUUAAAACUUGUGUAUUAUUUAAACUCUAAAGUUGUUUAAAUUGUCAUUUUUACAAUCAUUUUAGUGUUUCAAGGUUGGUUGACAUUACAUCGUCAUGGCAACGAAGUUGUAAAAUUGGCUAAAACAUUACACUGAAAAGGUUAAGUGAUUUUAUCACACUAAAAUCAUGUCAACACACAGAUCGUUAAUGUCUUGUGGCUAUACUUUUGAAAAAGUUGGUAUUUUAACGUUCAAAAAUUGCCCCCUAUUCACUUCCAUUGUAAGUGCCUCACGGUAACCUCGAUUUUUGCUUCUUCUUUUUUAAGAAAAGGAGGAACGAGUCAAAACCAAUUGUUCUGGUAAUCAACAUUAUGCCACAAAUGCUGUCAAUUGAGCUUAACUUGUAUUGAACCUGAAUAUUCCUUUAAAUGUAUAAGUAUGCGUUCACACUGACCACGAUUUUUUUGCGAAUGAGCAAUGACGCAAUAUGCAUUUAAAUUUAUGCAUUUGGCAGACGCUUUUAUCCAAAGCGACUUACAGUGCACUUAUUACAGGGACAAUCCCCCCGGAGCAACCUGGAGUUAAGUGUUUUGCUCAAGGACACAAUGGUGGUGGCUGUGGGGAUCAAACCAGCAACCUUCUGCUUACCAGUUCCGUGCUUUAGCCCACUACGCCACCACCACUCCAAUGGGAGUGCAGACAGUGGAGGUCACAUGAUCCACCUCCAAGUACUGUUGGAUUCUGCAGUCAAGUAGGAAAGCCUUGGCCACUUCAAGCGCUGUCAUUGUGAACACAACUUAACAGGGUGCAAUCUGAACUCUGGCAAGAUAUUAUUAGUAGUUUAUACUGAAUAUACAGGAUAUACUUACUAUAUUAUCUAUAACGAUUUAUCUUUAAAGCUAAACUCCCAGAUGGUAUGGGGUCAUAAAAUCAGAUUAUAUUCUUUCAGUAGUGAAUUCAACACUGGUGUUGCCCCUCUCUUUCUAUUGCUCUCCUGCCCCCAAACUCAUCACCAAAAUAUUCAUUGCUACUGUUCCUAUCAGAGCUUUUAGUGAGUUUUACUGCUGGUCUCAGGCAUGACGGCAAACACUGUCCUCAUUCUAAUUCCAUUCAUCCACUGUUGCUUUUGUCCUUUUAUACCAUCAUUGUCAACCAUGUAUGUGCACUAAACAAAUGAAGAGAGAAACCAAACAUGGAGAGUGAACAGAAAUGCAAAGCUGCCAUAUUUUAUGCUGCCUGUGUUUGUCAUUAAUGUUGAACUGUGUCAUUAAAAAACAAUGUGACUGCUGUAUGUAAAAUGAAUAUGUGUGUUUAUGUGUAUAUCAAUGUAUAUAAGAUGUUUUUAGAAAAAACUGGAUUUAAGAAAUAUUGUUAACAUUGUAG